AUGGGGGUUCAGAAACAGGUGAUCAAGUCAGGCAAUAACAUGGACUGGCCUCGACAGGGAGACAUUGUCACAAUGGAAUACACCGGAUACCUCUACGAUCCUUCCCAAGCUGCAAACGGUUAUAGAGGGGUACAAUUUGAUACAUCAGUUGGCCGAGGAGAUCUCACGACGAAGAUAGGGGUUGGUCAGAUCAUAAGAGGUUGGGAUGAAGGGAUUCUAGGAUCUUCGACGGCGUAUGGCAUGUCUUUGGGUGAGAAGGCUACCCUAAUGAUUACGAGCGAUUACGGAUACGGUUCACGAGGAUUCUUAAGAGCCAUCCCUCCCGACAGUUCCUUAAUCUUCGACGUCACGUUGAAAGCCAUCAACGGCAAGCGAGCCUAUUGGAUCUAA